UCAAAUUUACAGGUGGGUCAAAAAUCAAAAUUCCUCAAAUUGUUCUGUUCUCGGAAUUCCUCCUCCUCCAGCUCCCCGGGAAUCGAAACCAUAUCGCAGCAUCGUAUUGCUCUAUCGAAGCCACUAUUGAGUUCAUCUUCUACCGCCAUCGCCGCCUCGUUGUUUAGGGCUUCGACCGAAUCGGAGUUCCGCCGACAGAGUAGACCCAGAAUCUGGUACCCGCCUACCAAAGUUGAACGUUUUUCAUUGAGUCAAGAAGAUGGUUUCUGGGUUGAUAAAUGCAAAUCCAGUUGUAUACCAAAAGAAAGAGCGGCGGACUCGUAACACUCCUUUUGAUAGUGAUGAAUAUGCAGUGGAAGCCAUUGAUCAGUUGGAAAUUUUUGAUCAUGUUAGAGAUAUAAAAGAUCCUGAGCACCCUUACUCUUUGGAAGAGCUUAAAGUAAUAACGGAAGAUGCCAUUGAAGUAGAUGAUGGGCGUAGUUACGUGAGAGUUACAUUUACACCAACAGUCGAACAUUGUAGCAUGGCAACAAUUAUUGGUUUGUGCCUGAGAGUGAAACUUAUGAGGAGCCUUCCUUCUCGGUAUAAGGUGGACAUUAGGGUAGCACCUGGAUCCCAUGCUACUGAAGCAGCAGUAAAUAAACAACUUAAUGACAAAGAACGAGUUGCAGCAGCACUGGAAAAUCCGAAUCUAUUAGACAUGGUUGACGAAUGCCUGGCUCCAUCUUAUGGUUGAUUGGUUUGGGAGCGGUAAAUGCAGUUAGAUCAAUAAUCAGCUAAAAUCCAAUCACAUAGAAUAUUUUUGAUCCCUUUUAUGAGUGUAUGUAUUAUAUGAGUUUAUUAGAAACACAAUGUUCUAAGGUUUUUUAUUUUCUCCAAAAACAUUAUUUCACUAAAUCAGUAGUAUACAAUCAUACAGAUAAGGUUUAGUUGAAUUUGAAUUCGUUGUUAUAGGUUGUAUUUUCUUCUAUUGCAUUUAUUAUUUUUGUGGUUCAUCCACCAGACUUUAGUUCUUGUCUUCUUAGAACUCAAGGGCACAGUUGUACAACCUAUAGAACAGAUCUUGUUUCAAGUAAGGUCAUCUUCUAUUGCUUUAUUAUUGAAGAACUUUUCUGAUGUUCAGUUA